AGAGACGCCUUUAAAAGAUGUUAGACCCGAAUAAUUCUCAACACGCUUUUUCAUUCCACAUCACAUCAACCACGAACACUUUUUACUUAACGCGUGAUUGUUCAAUUAACAAGACGAUCAUUUGAUCAUUACAAAGAGACAUUCACUUUCAUCUCUUCAUACAAUCCUCAAUCUCAAUCCCAUAUCCAAUUAACAUAGUUAUUCACAAUGGCCACUAACAUGUCCAUGACGCCCUCCAAGAAGGCUGCUACUGCAAUGGAGUCCUUAAACAUGGACUCUCCCGUAAAGAAGAUCGAUUUCUCUGGCAAGGAGAACGCGCCGUACGACGCCGACGUUGAUACCAUCGCUGCCGAAAUUGAGUCACAGAAGCCCACAAUGGAAAUGAAGGGAGAGAAGACCGUUGCUCCUACUAUCAAGGAAGAGGAACAAGAUGAGCCCAUUUUACAAGAAAACCCUCAGCGAUUCGUCUUAUUCCCCAUUAAGUACCAUGAGAUCUGGCAAAUGUACAAGAAGCACGAAGCUUCUUUCUGGACUGCCGAAGAGAUUGAUCUAUCCAAGGAUCUCCAUGACUGGAACAACCGAUUGAACGAUGACGAGAAGUUCUUCGUUUCCCACAUUCUUGCCUUCUUCGCCGCAUCCGAUGGCAUUGUCAACGAGAACCUGGUCGAGCGAUUCAGUGGCGAGGUCCAGAUCCCUGAGGCUCGAUGCUUCUACGGUUUCCAAAUCAUGAUGGAGAACAUCCACUCCGAGACUUACUCUCUCCUCAUUGAUACCUACAUCAAGGAGCCUGCACAAAAGACCCAUCUUUUCAAUGCUAUUGACACCAUCCCUGCCAUCCGCAAGAAGGCUGAUUGGGCUCUACGAUGGAUCUCUGAUAAGCAGUCCACAUUCGCUCAACGUCUUGUUGCCUUCGCUGCCGUUGAGGGUAUCUUCUUCAGCGGUGCCUUCGCUUCUAUCUUUUGGUUGAAGAAGCGUGGUCUGAUGCCUGGAUUGACCUUCUCUAACGAGCUCAUCUCUCGUGACGAGGGCCUGCACACCGAUUUUGCCUGCCUGCUAUUCACACACCUCAAGAACCGCCCAGGCAAGGACGUCAUUGAGAAGGUCAUUACCGAUGCUGUCGCCAUUGAAAAGGAGUUCUUGACCGAAGCUCUCCCCUGCGCCCUCCUGGGCAUGAACGCCAACCUCAUGAAGCAGUACAUCGAGUUUGUCGCUGACCGUCUGUUGGUGGCUCUCGGCAAUGACAAGGUCUACCGGUCCUCCAACCCCUUCGACUUCAUGGAGAAUAUCUCUCUCGGCGGCAAGACCAACUUCUUCGAGAAGCGUGUAGGUGACUACCAAAAGGCCGGUGUCAUGGCUAGCACCAAGAAGAACGCCAGUAACGAUGACGUCGCGGCGCCGGUCGAUGGCCAAGGCGAGAACGGUGGUGACUUCACCUUCGACGAUGACUUUUAAGCAUCCUCGCAAGACACCGUUUCUUUUUACCUCUCGCGAUACCCCUUCCCUUUUUGCACAUCAAAGGCGCCUUGUACUAUAUUCUCCCAACACACCCACUGCCUUUCCAAAAAAAAAAAACUCUCCUCACUAUUGCGGAUUGCGGAAAUUUCGAUACUAUAAAAUAGGCGAGCAAUUGCGGUGGUGUCGGCCGUUGACAAUAAUCAAUCUGGGUAUUCAUUCACUAUAUGCGAAUGGAUUCCCGAUAGAUGCUUGAUCAACUUUCACCCCUUUUCAUUUUAUUUCAUGGACACGAGCAAAUCAUCCCGAGGUGUUUAAGGCGUUUUUUUGUUACUUGGUCCCCCAGUAGGCCCAUCUUCCAGGUGUGGAGGUGGGAAAGACCCGUGGAUUGAUCUUAUUAUCAUCGUCGCUUCAGUCGAUUCGGAAUGGAUGGGAUGGGAUGGGGGAGAAAAUGACUUGAUGCGAUGCAUGGAACGUGGACGGACGUUGACGUGGAACUUGGUUGCCAGACAGAUACGUAGGUGGCCUAGUCAUAUAAUGCAAUGGAUAUGAUGAAACCUUUAUUUUGCUUGUUGUCGGUGAUCUGUGAUGUGAUGUGAUGUGAUGUGACUGUCAGCAAUGUAUUAGGUUAACUCAGUGCUUAGGUACCUAUGAACGUAUAUAUAUAUAUAUAUAACAUGUCUUGAAGUUUAUGCCUCCAUAAAAGCCAUAUGUACGCUCACCCCCCUUAGUCCAUGA